AAACAUGGCAGCCUCCUUUGUGCAUUUGCGUACAAUUUGUGGUGUCCUCUUAAAAAAUAUUACAAAAACAAUAUCAAAUCAAAAUGUUAUACUUACAUCAUUGAAAACUCCUAAAUUAAUAAACCACUACAAACGAUUUAUUGUGCCUAAUUUAUCGAUUUCAAGAUUUCUUCUGCUUUCUGUGCCGGGUAUUAAAACAAUAAAUAAAACUUCCAAGUCUGCUGACAGCGAGAAUCUGGAAAAUGAUCCGCCGCAAAUAGAUCUACAAAGCAACGUUAAAAAACAUGUUGUUGCUGAUGCUCCUUACCCAUACAUAGCAGAGAAGAAAUUUAAGGCGUCUAAACACUAUAAUCGUGAUGAUCCUAGACUUGACAGUGCAGAGUGUUUGAAAAAUGCUGUCGGUAUGGCAGUUGAUGGAACCUCAGCUGUUUUAUCACAGACAGUUUACCAAAUUAUUGAUGUUGAGAAAGAAUACAGUGAGUUGAUGGAUGCUUUGAUAGCACUUCUAGAGUACCAGUUGACAAUAUUGGGCCAUCCAGCUGAAGAAGAACGGAUAGCAGAUAUAAUACUGGAGGCUCGUCAUGAGAUCAAUGAAGUCCAAAAGAAAAGACAGGAUCUUGCUAUUCUGUUUUCCAGUGCAGAAAAGUUAGCAGACGCCACUGCGGAGGUAGCUUUUGCUUCAGGAGCUGACUAUGCAUCCAUCAGUGCAAGUGAAAGACUGAACAGUGCACUAUUGGAAGUGAAAAGAUAUCAGCAGAAAUCAGAAGAGAUGGAGAAGAAGUUACACCAAACACAGGCCAGGGCUGUUCAUGUCAUGGCAAAACAUGAAGAGAAAAUGGAACAAAAAAGACAGAAAAAAAAGAACAGAGAAAUGUCUUAUGAUGAAUCUGAGAAAAAUGAGAACGAGACGGAAUGAGUUGUUGAUAAAUGAGAGAAGAUAUUGUGAUAAUCUAAAAUUGUGAAGUUGUGAAAGAAA